UCAGUGGAGUCUUAUUUUUUUAGUUCACAUUUUAUUUAUAAUAGGAGAAAAGGGAGAAAAAGAUAUCCUCUGUCACAGAGGGAAAAGCCUUAAAAAGUUUUUAACUUUCUUAAAAGUAGGUGAUUCCAGGGUUCCUCAGUCUACCCUAUCUGGACUUCCUUAUCCUGUUGGUGGGACAUCCAGAUGACUUGCUCUCCCAGUACAUACUCCUUGGAGAAAUUUCUGAAACCCUUCACACCAGUGGCUGCCGAAGUAAAAGAUUCAAGUAAAGUCUUUCCUUGGUUGACAUCAGGUGAAGCUUGAAGGAUUUCCAAGAUGAACAAGGUACCAGCUACUAAAAGAACGCAGCGCUUACCCAGCCCAGAUCAUCCAACACAGGUCCCGGACAAGCCAAUGAAGGGUGUCAGAUCUACGGACAGGGAGAUAAUAACCCUCAAGAAAGAUCUUAUACGAAGCCGGCUACUGGUACAAUCUGCAAAGGCUGGCCGUGGAUACUUCACCAUUCUUCGGGAAGAGUCCGCGAUGAAAAAGAAGCAACAGCAGCUUCAGAAGCUGAGAGAGGAAGAAAGAAAUAAGUUCCAGCCAGCCAAAAAGUUACCCGAAAUCCAUGGGGACACAUCGUUGACCACCUAUGAUGAGAAGAAACUGGGAGCCGGCCCGUUCCUUCCGAUGUACAGCUGCAUCCUCUUGCCCUUGCUGCCUGAGGCUCACGUAGAGCCCCUCUUCCGCCAACUGUGCGCUCUCCACUGGCUUCUGGAGGCCCUGACCAUCGACCACACCCACCACAUCAUGAAGCCUGUGAUCACCUGCUUCAAUACCAAGGACCCAGGUGGAAGCAAGAGCUCAAUAAAAAAAGUCACCAAGGACAAGUCCAGGGAACAGAGGUGGGAGCACUUCGUCACAGCGUCCAAGACCACCAAAUUCAAACUUCCUGUGAUUCGAAACACUAUCCGCAAGCCAAGCCGGCGAGGCUCCACGCUCAGUCUGUCUCGGACCAGCGGGGGAUCCUCCCCGCAGAGCAGCAUGAUCUCAGGGAACCCUGGCUCCGACGAACCUCAGAGCUUGAUCACCCAGGGGACCAGCAGCAAAGACAUGGAGGAUAAUGAACUCUCUUCAACCAAGCCAGAUGAAGAACCUCUUCACAUCUAUCUGCAGAAGCUCCUGGAAAUGGUUUGGGAAGAUGCCCGUAGGACAGUUAUGAUGGAAAAUGAGAUACAAAGAAAAGCUCCCAGCCUCUUGUCCGUGAUCAUCCAGCACAAGAGUGAUUCUAUCUUGAAGGAGGGGCAGGCCACCCACAAGUCAAGUGAGAAAUCCAGUACUACGAGUGGAGAAAGCCACACCCAGACAGACCAGAAGAUGAAAGGCCAUGCUAACCAUGACAUUGUCCAGUACAAGAGUGGGAUCUGUGGUAUCAUGAGGGCCAAGUUUUACAGCAUAGCCCAGGAAGCUGGCUACUGCCUGCAGGACAAGAUGGAGGUCCUUGUGAAGCGCCAAGAAGAGAGAGGCCUCCAGAAGUUCCGUGCUUUUGGCCUCGUCUCAAAUUUUCAGAACGAUAUAGCAAAGAUGAGACAACAAAUCUCUGUAGUGAAAAGAGACGCGGAAGAAACUGCUGACCACUGGUACUUUGAUCUGUUGUCCAAACUCCCUGAGGAUCUGAAGAACUACAACCCUGCCAAAAAGAUCCUAGUCAAACUCCAGAAGUUUGGGGAGAACCUCGACCUGAGGGUCCAGCCCCAUGUUCUCCUGAAGGUGCUGCAGGAUCUGAGGGUCUGGGAACUGUGCUCCCCAGAUGUUGCUGUAGCUAUUGAGUUUGUGCGAGAACACAUCAUUCAUAUGCCUCGUGAGGAUUACAUCACCUGGCUACAAAGCCGAAUCAGUAUGACCAUCAGAUCUCACAGUACCCUGACAUAGUCUGGACCUGGGUCAGCCAGCUGUCCCAUUGGAGGAGGGUGAGCCAACAGUACGUUCUUGUGUCCUACCUGAGUUCUUGCUUCCCGCCUGCUCUCUGGAUGCUCGUUAUGAUACAGUAAGAUCAACUGGAGACUGGAUCCUGGAAAUAUUCUAGAGACAGACUGCUAAGUGGUCCUCUCCUCAACCCCACACCCUGGCCUUAACCUCCAAGUCUCUGGUCUUUGCUUCAGACUGACUCUACUGACUUCUCCAGAUUCCUUUA